GGCGCCGUCGUCGAUGCGCCGUGUGUUUUUGUUUAUAAACACGCAACACGCAGGUCGAAGAAUCGCCGCAAAAUACAUAAAAGCCAAAACCGCCGCUGCUGCGCCGCCACCCACAAAAAACGUCGGCCAGGCUGAAAGACUAAAACAGGGAAAAAAGUCAAAGAUUUUUCCCUAUCGACAGCACUGAACAGAAUCGAAAACAAUACUUUUAUUUCCUAAAACUUCUGAAGUAAACCCGAAUUAACAUGGAAAUGGACCAGGAAUUGGCGAAGCGGAUGUUGAUUGAAGGUGGGACUCUCGCGUUUUUGGACGUCCCGGAAGGAACGGAAUUUGGGAUGGACAUGAAGACCUGGGUCGUUGACUACAAUUUUAAAGGAAUGAAAAUGAUCCCUCCUGGAGUGCACUACAUUUCAUACAGUGCGCGUAAUAAACAUGGAGAUGUAUCCCCACGAGUCGGAUUUUUCCAUAAUUUCAAGAAAUCAGAAAUUCUAGUCAGGAAAUGGGACACAAAAGAAGAGGACAUCAGUCUUGAGAAUGCAACUGAAGAAGAUAUUAGUCGAAUUCGGAGUAACCUCCUUCAUCUGGACAAAUACUUGGCGCCAUACCCUUUCGAAACUUACAGAGAUUGGAUAAAGCUCUCCGACGGCAUAUCAGAUGAAGUAUUGGCAAGACUAUCACCGGAAAAAGGUCUUGUUCGAUCAGCACUGGAGCUUGAAUCAAUACCCGAGUCGUCUCAAAAGAGGAGAAGGACGCUGGACAAAGAAGAAGCCCUUUUGCCUCAGUUGACCCCUAAAGCUGGAACUGCUUUGAGGGUGACGGAAGUUCCAGAAUUCAAAUGGCCAGAAGGAGCUUCGGCCGCUGAAAUCACCAAACACAGCCUUGAUAGUAGUUUUGCUCUGGAAAAAAUAAUCUCGUCCCAUAAAAAUCCGCUUGAUUAUGUGGGAGAAAUGCAAAUUUGCUACAUCUGCUUUUUGGUGGGCCACAGUCUGGAGGCGUUUGAGCAGUGGAAAGCACUGCUGCUUUUGCUUUGUUCCAGUGAAGAUGCCCUCUCGAGGCAACGAGCAGUGUUUUCCAGGUUUCUUACUGUAAUGAGCACACAUCUGGACCAGAUACCUGAAGAUUUUAUGGUUGAUGUGGUUGCUGGACAAAACGCAGUUUACCAGGCAAUGAAACAGCUAUUCCAAAAUCUGAAAGAGUCAGGAGAAACGGUUGACACAAGACUCAAAUCACAAGCGGAAAGACUGAAGCAGCAGUUGGAAUCAAAAUUUGGUUGGGGCUUCGGAAGAGAUGCAGAAGACGAUGAUGACGAAGAUGCACCUGUCGUUGUCGACUUAGAGGAAGAGCUGCUUUAACAUAAAAAAAUGACAUUCCACUAAUACCAAAUUAAAAUUUGUAAAUAAUAAAGGCAACUGUAACAUAAUUAUUAAAAUUAAACAUGC